ACUACAGAAGCGGUGGGAUUUAUCCUGAAUGGUGUCAAUAGCCAGUGGUUUUGCAACACCACCCCUCAUUAUUUCUCCUGAAGUUUUUUUUGUCCUUUGUGGUUUCCUUAAAAAAUUGUUCUGUUUCGCUGGGUCUUUUACAACAUUUUUUCAGUGGAAAAUCCUUUAAUAUUCCUACUAGUUUUCAUUGCAAGGAGAUGGCUUUUCGAAAAAGUCAUCAUUCAACUUUGAAACUACCUAGACAAUUUGUUUGACACCCAGUACAAUUUGCCUUAAGAUUAAUGCAAAUAUCUACAGCCAGACAUGUUUGGAUUUAUAUCCGUGCAAGUCGGAUUAAUGUUCAAAAUUAUGUCAACGCAUGAGGGGCUUUAAAUUCGAACUUGUGAAACAUGGAAGGUUUAUACAAUAUGAAAAUAACCUUUGAAAUAAUCCAAACUAAUUCUUCGAAACCAUAGCGUGUAUGUUUUAGUUACAAUGAUCUUAUAGCCCCUGGGAUAGGUCGUGUCAACAUUCCCGCAGUUUUAUUCAUAUAUUUGGUGUUUUAUUCAUACAUUUGGUGUUUAUUUUUCGGGUUAGAUUUCCCUGGUGUGAGAAAGUGUCUGUGAUUCGUGAUUGCUUUGAUGGACAUUUUGAUAAAAUAUAAAAAAUAAAGGAAAUGGCGUUUUUGGAGGAUUUAGGUUUAUCGAAAGAUCUAUCUGCCGAAAAACUGCCCAAAGAGCAUGAUGGUCCGAUGGUGUAUCACGUUGCCGCGACGACGGAUAACAAGACGCUCAAGUUCAAGGACGAAAAAACGCUGAGUCAGGAAGAGCUGACAGAGAAGGUUGAGUCGGUGCUUUGGGAAAAGAUAAAUAGUGGCGAAAAGGAGGCGUUUUUUCAGCUUGGACAGCUUUAUUUUGAGGAGGGGCGAUAUGAUGAAUCUGAAAGAGUAUUUCAGAGGGUCAAGGAGACAGACUUCCAGGUGAUGUAUCAACUGUCGAUUAUGCUGUACGAUGGACUAGCCGGUCGUGUAGACUAUAAAACUGCCCUUGACUACAUGAACCGAAUCUCCUCCUCCACCUCGUUGCGCGCCAAGCAUCUAGUCCACGCUGCCCAGUAUAAUAUAGGGCGCGCCCACUUCCAGGGGUAUGGGGUCCGGCGACAGUCGGAUACUGAGGCCGAACGUUGGUGGUUACUAGCUGCGGAUGACGGGAACCCGCGCGCCAGCGUCAAGGCGCAGACAACACUUGGCUACUAUUACUCAAGGGAAGAAUCUCGCGAUUUGAAAAAGGCAUUUUUCUGGCAUUCGGAGGCGUGUGGGAAUGGGAGUUUAGAAUCACAAGGUGCUCUAGGGGUGAUGUAUCUUUCAGGUCUCGGCGUAAAGAAAGAUCUCGACUCCGCCUUCGAAUGUCUCAAGGAGGCGUCCGAGCGGGGGAACGUCUACGCCAUGGGUCACCUGACCAUGUAUUACUACAACAAGAAACUAUUUACCAAGGCAGCGGAAUUGUCAUCGAGAGUUUCACAGCUUAAGGAUGUCAGCGAGAUUGCCGAAGAGACCGAUUGCCUCCCGGGUUACGUCGCCAAGGGCAUCGCCAUCGCCUGCUUCAUCUUUGCCCGAUGUCUGCAUCACGGAGUCGGAGUCAAACAUGACAGUGAAAAAGCCAAAAUGUAUUAUUCUAGGUCUUUCCACUUUGAUCCCGAUAUGUGUGCUCGGUUGCAGAACAUCACAACUCACGGCCGCAUCUGAGGAGAAAAACACGGCGUACAAAUAUACUCUCAAUCUGAACAGAAUCUGCAUUUUUUGUCUUCGUUUUCCGUCCAAGAAAAUGUCUGUUUUUGACGUAGUUUAUGCAUAAUUCCGUCCUAGGAAUUUUUCUGCUUCUGUGCUUUGGCUUUAAUUCUCCACAAUUCGUCGAAGGAAAUAUCUGCAGAGUUUCAAUCAUCGCAAAACAAGACAUGUCCGUUUUGCCAAUUGGAGAAAAAUUGUUUCGUAGUUUGGAAUUUAGGCUUGAUGACAGGCACCGUCAUUUUGGCUAGACCUUGAAAUCCUGAAGCAAUUCAAACUCCUUCAAAAUGAAGAGAAUGCCCGUUUAAAACAUGGGAAGGUGUUCUCUUGAAAAUGAAGAACAGACUUCCACCCUUGAAAUUGGCAUUCACUUUGUUUUAAAAGAGUUCUGAUUCCUUUAGGAUUUCAAGUUGUAGCCAAAUUGGUCAACCCUUAACUGAAAUGCAUUUGAAAAUUUGAACUUGGAAGAAGUUUUACUGUUGGCCCGAAUGCUCUGAUAUUUAGAGGACAGAGCAGUCACCAUAUGGGCAAUGCCAUGGUAUAUUUAAGGUUUUACCAUAGAUACAGCCAUUUUGGCUAGAAGUCGAAAUCCUGAAGCAAUUAGAACUUUUUCAAAACGUGAUGAAUGCUCAUUUCAAGGGCUGGAGUCUGUUCUUUGUUUUCCAGAGAACACCCUCCAGGGUUUUAAAAGAGCAUUCAAUUCAUUUGGAAAGAGUUUUUACUACAGUAGAACCUCUCUAUUAAGGACACCCUCGGGACUGACAAGUGCUGUCCUUAAUAGAGAGGUGUCCUGAUUAGAGAGAUCAAAUUGAAUGGAAACAACCAAUUUGGGACCAAAGCUAGUGUCCUUUAAAUACAACCAAUUUGGGACCAAAGCUAGUGUCCUUAAUAGAGAGGUUGUCCUUAAUAGAGAGGUGUCCGCUAAGAGAGGUUCUACUGUACUUUAGGAUUUUGAGUUCUAGCCAAAAUGGGGGUACCCAUGGUCAACCCUAAACUCCGAAAUUUUGGGUAUGGCACAUAUCAGGUUUUGCAACGAAACUCUUUAUUUAAAACCUUAUCUCUUGCUGAUACUGGUUGAUUCUCUUCAAGAUUUUUUCUUACAGAAUCGAGUUGAAUAUGCCAUGCCGUGCUCAGUUAGUUUGGUAGUCUUCCCAAAGCAUCUGUGAUAUCAGUAUUGUGUUAAUUUUUUAUUGUUAUACAUAUCUUGUCGUAUCGAAUCGUACUGCUUUUGUGAGUAGAGCAAACAUAUCGUCAUUCUCUUUUGUGAUGGUAUUGACCUUUAAAGGGACAAUAUAGGCAGCAGCAGGCAGGCAAGAUAAAGUUACACAAAGCUGCCAAUAGGGGUCUCUCUCAUCUCACAGUAGGUCGAAAUGAUUCACGCUUGCACGAGGGAUAUAUUUAGUGCUGAGUCUGACAUGACCAAGGGCCCUUACUCUGUAUACUAGUCACCUGAAGAUGGCCAAAUUAGCCCAUCUCCUCCUGCCUAUAGUCCCCCUUUAAGGACCUACGCCGUUGGUUAAACAUUUGUAAUCUGUCAUUGAAUUUUAAAAUUUCUGAUUUCGUAAAUACGUACUAAAUAUGAAUUUUAGUAUUGUCGCUGUGUAGACAGAUAUGAGUGAUUAAAUCGUUAGUGGGUCAUGAUGAACGCCAUGAUUUUUCAGAACUAACUGUAAUAUUUCUCAAUAUCUCAAUCUAGUCAUUCCGUAGUUAGAAUCUCCGUUUCAAUACCCUGUUACAACCUGUUUAUCUUAGCACCUUGUUUGUCAGAUCUUUAAUUUUAUGGUGAAAUAAGCUAAACCAGCUUCUUGAUAUGUCAUAUGUUGCAACCGUUCCUUUUCGUGCAAAUCAACCCAAGUUAUGUAA